CGUCCCGAAGAGCGACAAUUGAAAUCAUGAAAGUGCAGUACGAUUUAGAAGGAGCGGUUAUCGAACAGCCUAAACCAAAAAAAUUAGCAGGAUGGAGAUUAAGGCUCAAAUUGGUAGCUGUGUUGCUUGUUGCCUUAAUGUUCGCUUCGGCUGUGGGAACAUUCGUCUACCAGCGGUACUAUGAGCGCCACUCAGAUAACGGAUUCGAACUUAUGGUACAUGAUGGUGAUUCUCAAGAAGAAGUGACCAGCGAGAAGCAAGAGUCAUCAUCAUCAAAAGACUUUAUAACAAGUGCCGAAUUGGAUGCAAUUAGUGAAGAUGAGCUUCGUUUGCUUUUCUCUGUUGCUGAAAAUGUGGACUCGGAUGGAUAUGAGCAGGCGGAAAAUUCAGCCGUCUUAUCAGCUGAGGAACCGGAGAAAGAAACAUGGGAAUGGGAAGGUGAUGGUAUUCUGGGUUUUAGGCUCCGCUUUGAAGACGGAAAGUGGGGGUUUGAAACACCUGUAAUUAGUGAAGAUGAAAAAGUCACUGAAAAUGACAUUGAAAGUGUUCACCAGGAAGAGUCCAACCUUAGCGAAGCACAUUUUAAUGAUUUUUCACCACAGAGUGAUAAUAAAAACUCCAAUACUGCAGUUUGGAUCAAUCCAAAUGCGGAGGAAGAUUUUGGUGCGGAAGCAGCGAUUAUGCAAUUUGAACUUAACGAACAGGGUCUGUCGAUAAAGUAUGGUAAUGAUGAAAAUAACAUGAAAGAGCUUCAGCACGACUCUGGGAUUGGAUGGCUGGCGAGAUUAAUGCUGCAGGAAUUGUUUCUGGCGGUGGAGCAGUCGAGUGAAACCGGUAAUAAGGUAGACUUGCCUGCGGUACAUGUGGGUGAUGAAAUCUGGAACUGGAGCUCAGAGGAUGGACAAAUGGGAUUCAAGUUUCGUUUCGGAGAUGAUCAGUGGAGUUUUGAACCCGCAGUGAUAGAGAAAGAUUCGAGUGAAGGCGUCCUGCAUGAAAUUAGUCGAAGUAGUUCCACAAGUGACUCUAAAGAAGAUUCGAAAUCAAAUUCUAGGGAAAGUGAUAAAAACUUCAGUACCGCUUUAGACAGUAGUGACGAUUCCAAAUCAUGAGAAAAUUUUAAAUAAAGUUCGGCGUUAAAAUUUAUAAUUAAUAAUUAAAUUAAUAAAUUUAUUUUCGUAACUGU